CAAGUGGGUCCAAGAGUCAUUCCCAAGCGGCGGCGAGUGUUCUGGACUUGUUGUGAUAUAUGAGCAGUGCGUCCGUACAUUUUGGCAUGAUGAUCGCUACAAAGAUGAUUUGCGUUAUCUUAAAGUGUGGAUGGAAUAUGCAGAGAAUUGUGCUGAUUCUGAGGUAAUCUAUAGCUUCCUUGAGGCUAACCAGAUUGGGCAAAACCAUGCCAUCUACUAUACGUCAUACGCCCUGUGUAUGGAAUCCAAGAACAAGUUGAGGAAGGCAGACGAGAUCUUCAAUCUUGGUAUAGCUAGGAAGGCAGAACCAGUGGAGAAGUUAGAAGCUCAAUACAGGACAUUCCUUGUACGAUCAGUUCAAAAGCAGCAGUCCAAUGAGGAUGAGCCAACCAAUAAUCACUUGCCGGUUCGCAGUUUUGGAACUGUUUUGACUCCAGGACAAGGAAGACAAACUUUAGAAAGACAAACUUUAGGAAGGCAACCAAUAGAAGCUUCUAACUUCACUAGACCAAAGGUGAAACUGCAGAGGGUUGACAAUAAUAAAGCCCUUUCUAUUUACAAUGAUGAAAAUGCUGCAACAAGUCAACACCACAACAAAGCCAAGAGCAAUGACAGAACCUGGUGCACUCUUGGCACACAAUCGGAUCGAAAUAAAGAAAAUACUUCAAUCCCUACCAAAUGGACAUCAUAUAAGGUUCAGCAGAAAGUGGGAGCAAGAACAAUGCAAUCAGCACCUAGUCCUUGUAUUGAGGUUUAUGUGGAUGAAGAAUGUGUGCAAUUGCCAAAAGUUGAGGUUGCUACCAAGAGUUCCAAUGCUACUUCUAUCUUGAAGCUUCGGCAAGUGACAAGCCAAAACCUUAAGAAGGAAACAGAGUUGCUUAAAGAGAACCCACUGCGUAAUUUUCCUUUAAAUAGCCUUAGAUGAUUGAUCUUCCUCACUUCAGUAUUAAUUUGAUGCUUUCUUUGUUGUCUGCUGUGUGCUUAACUACGUUUCAUUGUGAGUGCGCGCUCUUGGUGUUGUACUGUAUGUACCAUAAGCUUUUAACUCUAAAGCUUGUAUACUUUGAUGGAGACAUAUGUUUUGUCUGUACCUUCUCAACCUUUUCGAAAUUGUGCUUCAUAUGCCUAUUUGUUCUA